AUCAAAUCCGUUUUUAUUUUCGAACCCGGGCUCCACGGGAUCAUGAGUCCCGAAGUGAACUUUUCCUCUUCCUCCCCUCCUUGAUAUCCAGGUUUAUGAAUUGAUUUUGAUAUUUUCAAGUGAUUGAUUCUGUCAAGCUCUGGCCAAGAUGAGUAUUUUUGUCUAGGCAAGUUCAGGCGCCGGUGCAUUUGAGCACUAUCCCUGCCGAUUCAUCCUUGCAAUGAGCCUCUGCUUCUCAUCUUACUUGAAAGAACAUAAGAACAUUAACAAGCUUUUAGUACAUGGAUGAAAAACAAAAUCGACAUCACAAAACAAGGAAAUCAAAUUUACCAAAGGAGAAAGGAUAGUUUUUGUAAUGAUAUAGAGAACCGAUAUUCUUGUCGGUCUUCAUUGACUCACAGAAAGAUGACCGCGUCGAGCGGCGCCCUUAGGGCAAAAAUUUUAGCCCUCUUCCUUUUUGGACAGGGGACCAGACAGGCUGAAGGAUGCACAGCACUUGCUGUCUCUCGCGGUGCAACGGAGGGGAAAGACCGCACUUUUGUUAUGCAUGGUUAGUACUAAAAGAAUUUUCCUGGAUGAGGAUAUUGCAUUUGCACAUACAUUCAUCAAAUUCUGUAAUGACAACAUACAUAGGCUACCUAUGAAUAAGAUAAGUUUCAGGGGUCCUCCUUUCUCUCUUUCGCAUGGAAAAAAAAUACAAAUAGCAGGCUGGUGUGUAAGAGGUACCGAACAACAACAAGUACAGGUAGUUACAUUAGUGCUUCUCCUGUCUAAAAUUCUGUCGCACAACGAUGACGACACCAGCGACGACGUACGUGCGGCGUACGUACCCGCCAGUGAAAAGCUCGCAAGACGGAAACCAAUCUAUUUACGUCUGGUUAUCAUUCAUUUUGAUUUUCUUUUUCCCUCUACCUCCACACUACGCAACAAAUACACAUAUUUUCUCAUGUAUCCCAAGUUCAUUCUCCGCGCUUCGUCGUCUUUCUUUUCAGAGUUAAUCAAAAUCUUCAUCGAUGGUCCUUCAUAAGGAGAACAAGACCCAAGUCAUGAUCUUCCCUUUGUCGAGCCAAAUGACUGCUCCUCAAGCCAAUCAAAGCGACAAUACAACUUCAGUGCUCUCGAACUAGAAGACAAUGUCGUAGAUAACCAUUGCGCCACCUAAAGCUAAAAACCAAGCUGAUGAGUUUCAUCUUUUUCUACCCUGUGGUCUAAUUUCUGCUGCCCACAGUACGUUUCCGCGCUACGUAGGUGACGACCGCGGUGAAACCUACCAGGGCUACAUGAUCCACACUGAAGAACAACAUGUUGAGGAAGAUGACGACUACUUUCGGGAUGGCUCCGAGGCUUACGGCUGACAUUUUGCAAACGAGAAUGCCUUUGUUUGAGAUUGAGAAUACGCUUUCUUGUAUUGACCUACAAAUUCGUUACAGGUAGUACAUUCAUUUUGCUCUAAAAAAAACAAGAUGGCGGCAGCGUUAUGUAGCUUUAAUACACUGAUAAGACGUAAGUUGUAUAACCCAAUCACUAACUGUAACUUGUAUAUCGAGAAGAAUUGAAUUCGAAUCUUCGCUCAGUUCUUUCAGCUUCGCUCUCGGUUGUUUUCUUCCUAAAAAGCUGCGAGUAAGGACGUUUACUAUCCAGCACGAAACGCAAAGAAUGAGAGGAAGCGCAUUCGGAAAUUCCUGGACAAAAAUGUAGAGAAAGUGAAGCAUCGGGAUCCCGUGAAGGUCCUAGACUGGGAAGACCUCUUUUUAUGGCUUCUUGCUUGCUAUUACUUCUAAGUACGUAAUCCUGUACUUGACAAAUUCGAGACAAGUUUGAAAAAUUCAUAGUUGUUACUGAGUAGAGAAACCGCUUCAUUUACCUUCAAUCACACUUCCACCCUUACAGUUACCUCUGGUAUUGAUUGUGUUUCCGUCUGAGGGACGUAGCUAGAACUACAUAUUGUUCAACGUUUUGUUAUUGGCAAGUUCAAGAUGGGUCCAUACUCCUUCAUACCCCACGAUGGAUUGGGUACACUACUAAACUAUUAAGAUGUCAACAGGAGUAAAUCGCCGCAUACUUUUACUUCCUACCCUCUGCAGGUGGCCUAGGAAAUAUAGAUAACUGAAUGAUGAAGGAAACAGAGUUCCUCUAAUUUCAGAAAAGCAUCCGGAACUCCGCGAAUUCAAGGUGAGCAAGACGUUUGGCUACUAUGAGGAAUUCUAUCCAUUGCUGAACGAUGCCGGUCUCACCAUGGGCGAGAGCACUUGCACGGCGAUGAUUUUGCACAACAAAUGUAUGCCGGGGAAAGUCGCAAUUUUUUUAAGCAAUUGAUAAUGGUGCCGCUUGAUGCGACUAAGUGUAAGUAGACUACAACUAUUGUACUAGUACUUAGAGGAAGGAUUUAUUUGUUUUCAUCGCGGAUACCGAAGAUUGCCUUGAUACCUGGAGUCAGUUGAUGCCAUGACCGUCUUUAUUAUCCUGGUUUUUUGCAAUGAAUAGGAUAAUCACAGUGCACGGCGUACGACACAUCAAUCAUGAUGAUGAUUAUGGUGAUCAUCUCUCGAAGAUCUACUUCGUCCACAUCCCAUUGUUCUUGAUCAUGAUGAUAAUCCUAGGACUGUGGUGUGCCGUGUUGUAUCCCUGUCUUCAUUCACGCACCUGGGCUGCUUCAGAUCGCGGAUUUGAUGCAGCUAGCGAUGGAGCGUUGUGGAACAGCACGCUGUGCCAUUAAGCUGAUGGGCCGCCUCAGCGAGUUGUAUGGUUUCGCCCCCGAAGAAACUGGUAUGGACGGAUCGAGCGAGGCUGUCACAGUUGGUGAUGGGAAGGAGGUACUGAUACUCGUUCAGCAUAUUUUAGAAUAAGUAUUUAAAAUUUGUGUAAACAAUGGUGGUAUGAAAAAAUCAUGCGCGAUCUGUAGCAGGUAUGCAAAUCCAAACGCUCUCCUAUUGCAAUUGCUCCCAUGUUUUGCGGCUCAAGCUUUGGAUACCAUAGUCAUACUCACUUUCAUCUUUUCCUAACCUGACAACCAAGACCCCCGCCUGGUUUCUAACAGGCUUGGGUUUUCCAUAUUCUCCCGGAUGGCGAGGAAGGUUCCGUUUGGGUUGCGCAGAGAGUUCCGGAUGGUCAUGUGGCACCCGUUGCAAAUCAUUUCGUCAUUCAUCACGUAGACUGCGAUGACUCCGCGAAUUUUCUGUGCGGCGAAAACCUGUUCAGUACAGCAAAGAAACGAAACCUUUGGGACGGAAAGACGAGUAAGUACUAGAAGGAUAUUAAUUCUCUAAGUUAGUUUGUGAUGUUUAUCAAUUCCAAUCAGAGCAUAACUCGCACUUCAGGGAACGCGUAGAGUAAAGCUCGAAUUUGCGUGUGCGCAUGAUAAGAUCAUCUUUUCAUUUUUUUUUCCCUAUCAACUUCUUUCAACACAAAAACUCAAACUAAAACUACUAUUUUACUCUACUUACUUACAACUAACUACUUGAACUUGUUGUUGAUGUUGUUCUUAUAAAUAUAUAGCUUUCGACUUCGAGCGCAUCUAUUCACCGGAUCCGAGACUGUAUUUGCCCCGUGGGUCCAUCGCUAUUCCAUACUACAACACGCAACGUGUGUUUCGAGUCUACGAGCUGCUUGCACCCUCGCUGAAAUUUCCUCUGACCAAUGACACACGCACAUACCCUUUCUCGGUUCCAGUAGACCGUGGAGUCACGCGCGAAAACAUGAUGGCGAUCCACGCUGACAGGUACAAGGAUUUGCCGUUAAAUCUACUGAUUCUUUUUGAGGUUCUGAAUCUCAUUAGACGAGAUGGAGCAUACUUCAUGAUGAAGAUGCAAUCCUGCCUUACCUUGAUUGAGUACGCUGGAUUUCGAUUUGUUACUUCGUAUCUAUUUGUCGAUCAUGUAUGCUCCUUUAAUUUUAUCUAACAUCAUCAAGCGUUCAGCAAAUCCCUCCAUAAGUCAAACGCUUGAUCUAUUUACUGCUCAUCCUUAUCUUCUAAUCUCUCUCUAUUUUUCAUAGAUUCGAGGGCAGCGCUUAUGAUCAGUCGGCGGGGAUGCUUGCUGGUCCGUUCGGAAACCCCAAUAUUCUCGAAGGUGGUACUGGUCUUCUGAUGACCGGUUCACAGGUUCCAAGAGCAAUCUCCAUUCCGCGCACGAUUUACGGCCAGGUCGGCGAAUCUUUUGCGGACAAAAAUUACCGAAGUAUCCUGUGGCUCGCACUGGAUCAACCCGCCAGUAGUGUCUACGUGCCAAUCCUUCAGGGGACUAAGAUUAUGGCCCAUGGAUUGGAUGAAGCAUUCACAGCGCUUCGAAUCCUCUGAGUAUGAAUUUUCUGCCCUUAACUUUUCCUGCCUCCAUUGUCACGCUUCUUCCACCUUUGUUGCCCAUACAGUUUCGUGCCUCUAUGAUCUGUCUAAGAAAUAACUGUCGAAAGCCUUUAUGGUCGGAACGCGCUACGAAUUGGACCGCCGUUCUACGUGGUGGGCUUUCAACCUUGUCGGCAACCAAAUGCAGCUUUACUACAACCGCAUGGACAGGGAGGUUUCGCAUCGAAGACGCUUGUGGCAAAAGAAGCUUAGCGUUGAACUUGCACAUUUGUGCGGGAGUGAGGUAUAAUAACCCCAACUUCAUCAUCGCGAUGCAUGUGGAUGUGCAUUCCAGGAGAAGGGUUCCAACAUCUCAUGUAGUGAAGAUUUGAAAAGCUUUCAGCACUAGUACAGGAACAAGAUGAUAAAUGCUUAUGUUGUGAACUUCUGUGUCUGUGAUGACUUUCUUUGUCUUCCCUCUCGUUGAUAGAUUGUGUGCUCUUGAAUUGGACACCCGAAUCCUCCUCCAUCACCUUCCAGAAUCCUCUUUCGUAACCCUCCAACAGACCCUCCAUUGUCCUCUCGGUGACUCGGAUCUGAGCGAACGACUUACACUCUGGCAGAAGCGCAGCCAAACCCAACUCGCCGAGGACUGGUUUCGCUUAUCCGAUGAGCUGACGGUGAAAUAUCUCGAUGGCACCGAGAACACAAUGGAAAGACUGGGCAAGCCCUUCGGAUAUCCAGCAUAUUGGUUGCAGAUGGCAGGUGAGAAUGUGGAGCCGACAGUAAAGUGGGCCCCUGUCCAGGCACAACCAACUUUGCAUUAUGGCACGAAAAAUGUUUAGAAGUCAUCGACAUAAAGAAAGCUGUGCCUGGCAUCAACUUAAGAUUAUUUACUGCAUCAGCAUCCAUGCUAGGAAGUUGACUGUCGUGAAGACAUAUAGGUGCGUGUGCUGCUUCGUGUAGCAAGAACCCUUGCCAAAUCGUUGCACUUUACAACUACAACCUCAACCGGAUGCAAGUAUUAUAAUCAUUGAAAGCCAAAACAGAGGCAAAAGCAAAGAAGUAGCGGGACUGUUACUUUUGCUUCUGGUUCUGGUGCAUCGCUCUAACUUAUGCCACCUGAGUUCUUCGUGAAAUAUGGCGCUGCGAACCCAGACAUGCUGGGUGCUCCGCUCAACGACACAUUUAUCGGCGCGGCGCUCGAUGCUUCUGCCGUUGGAACUCGCGUGGUGCUGCAGACACCGCAGCCCCACGGACUGGACGCGUCGCUAGUGGAUUACAAGGAUCUUCCUCCGGAGUCCCCGCACCUACCUCCAAACGCAGCCGCAGCUGUGGUUGCGGGUGUGCACAAAACUGCGAGCACAAUGACCGGUGAGGACGCUACUACUUCCAGUUCCUCACAACACAAAGAUGACGACGCGAAUCGCAAGGACAUUACCCUCCUUAGUCAUACGGCACCAACAACGUCCUCAGUCACCAAGAAACAAUCAAAAAAAGCAACUAGUGGUGAACUUCUAUCUUCCUCUUCGCAACUAGAUGAACCGACGACGAGGCAUCAAGCUGACAAGAAUCUCAAGAACAUGCAAAUAAGCAACAAGGCAGGUCCAGCUGCUGCGUCAGCGCUCCUACUCGAAGAGACUCCAUCGUCGACAAUCAACACUGGGGUCUCGCAUGAGACUAUCAUAUGCAUUCAGAGUGCCCUCUUGAUGCUCCUCACCGCACUUCUCAUCGUCUCCAUCGUCACGCGACCGCAGCCGCGUUCUUCUUUCGAGUCUGCGGUCGAACUACCCUACUCGCGUCUCUGAGCACCAUCAGAAUAAUCGUACACGACCCUAGGUAGAUGUACAACAAGAUGACAUCGAUUUAGAUUAUUUUCGCUUAUAUAUAUAACAUUUUUCCAAUUUAGGAUUAGGUCGUGGAAAAUGAUUAGAAGAUGCAUUGCUUUUGACUGAGGUAAUUGUAACAAAGCAUCUCGGUCUUGGGCUGAUCCUGCUACUUCUGCGUCAACAAAAAUUCAACUGCCUAUCUUCCGCAACCGCAGGAGAAUCCAAGGCACUUCUAAUAUCCGAGGUCAUUCUUCUCGGUGUGAUUGAUUUACCAAAAAUACUGCGCAUCGUCUGUAGGUAUUGCAAGAUACGAUACAUAACAGUUCUUAUGUACUUCACCUAGCCUAUGUUCCAAACCCGCCCCACCCCUGUAGUCACCUUUGAAGUUACCUAAAUCCCGUGUAAAAAGACAUGUCUUGCAUGAGACCAAUCAGCUUACGCUAUUGUUAAAGAAACAAGAGAAACUCAAGAUAGACAGAACAAGCAAAAGUCUAUCAAAAAAAAAACACCAUCCAAGUGUAGAGAAAAAGUGUACAGAUUCAGUGAGUGGUCGACUAUCAUACCUGCAUAAUUCUGGUAUUUGGUAAGCUGAUUUUGAUCGCAAGGAAAACAAGAAGAGAAUCCUUGUGAUCAAAUCCAGGUUACCAAAUACCAGAACAAUGAAAUACCAUACUGACACAUGAGAAGAAGAAAGAAAGAUACACUCUGCUUGAUGAGCUAUGUUUGCGGGUAGAAGAAAAUCCAGAACUCCAUGUGGUUCCCUAUAUGUAUAAUGUUGAUAUGUGACAAACUAAAGUUGCGUAGAUUUAACUGAUCAGCGGGCCUUCCCCUUUCGCAGUGUGCAGUGCGUUUGUCGAUCAAGAAAGGAAAUGACUUUUCUCUCUACCCUCCGAAGGCAUAUGAAGCCAUAAGAGAAAAAAAGACUCAGGGCUUCUUUUUCCGUCAUCUGCAAACGCAAAAAAGAGGGAAGGCUAUCGUAGCGGCGGAAUCCAGAUAUUCAUAUUUUUUCUUCCGAGCAUUAGUUCUUCGUCAUAGUCAUGUUGAUCAUGUUGAAGUCUCGGUUACGUAUAUGUGUCAUGUAUGUUGUUGUAGAGGAAAUUCAUGAUUUUAUCAAUAAUGAUAGCAUUGCAAAGUUUGUCCUCGUUGCCUUGUUUCUGCAUACGCUUACGCCUUGAUAAGAAUAACGUCAUAGAAGCCAUAAUUCAAACAUCCAUACAACUUACAACAGACCGUAUAAACGUAUUUCAUAUGCCGCAGCCACCAGGCGAUUAAUCUCCUACCUUCCCAAGGCAGGAGCGACUCAUCCCAGAGACGUUUCCUCGUAUCUGCACUCAAAGGUACUGCAGCAAAGAGCAGGCAGCAAUGUCCUGAAUUCAUUUACAUCUUUCCUUUGCGGAAUGUUGGCACAUUUAGGUGCACGUUUCCCUCUGUUUAAAGUUUCGAAUCUCCCUGGUCCAAAAGGAUGAACAU